AUGAGCACAAAUAGCUACGACGAAGAAGCUUCUAUCCUUCUGUCAAAGAACAUCACAAAAUCUUUACUUGUGAAGAAUGCUAUCGACUUAGAGGCGUUAAAGAAACGGGCUCGACUGCUAGAGAAAGAGAAGAAUUCAGAAGCGAGAUUAUUCCUCAAGAAAAAGGAGAUUCUUUUAAAACGACAGGCGACUAGAAACUCUGGGACCCUUUCGAGUCAACGACCUUUGUCCUCUAGAAGUUUGAUUCCGCCAGAAACGAAUGUCAGUCGAUGGAAAAGUGACACAGAUUUGAAAAGAGAAUUAUCUCUUGGAGCGCGAACGCAAGAUAUGAAUGACAAAAGUGGGAGGCAGAAGUUGCUAUCGCCCUGGCUUCCCUUGCUUUCUGAAGGGGCCAAAAGAAGGAGCGGAACAUUCUCUUCACUGGAUCAGUAUGAAAGUACUUCGACUUCUCUUCCAGAUAUACAUGGAGGUUCAAUUGGAAAAACGAAAUUAAAGAAAUACAGUGACACAAACCCACCACGGCUAGUUUCUUCUCAAGGCAAAAAGAAGACUGAAGUCUCCACUUCUGUUAUUGACGACUGGCAAGAUUUGCGAAAGAUUAGAUAUUUGCGCAGGUAACCACGAUCGUAGGCAAAAAAAAUGUAACUAUGAUCCGCGUGUCGCCCAUCGGCGGAAAAAAACUACAUCAGGCUCUGAUUGAUUGGUCACUGGUGUGUGUGAUCUGAGACUCUUGGUGGACGCUUCGCGCGCUUCGAGGUUCUUUUUGUUAGAAGUUUCCCAACCCAAGCUACGUACGUACGUGACCUGUUGGUAAAACGAAGGGCGGUGGUAAACGUGUGCGAUAGUAACGGAAGAGUCGAAAACUAAGGAACUACUCCUCCACCACUAUCGUGCUUGUAACUUUAUAUUUCCCUACUUAUUAUGCCUGGGACAGCUACAAACUUCGUGGUUCAGAUGAGUAGAAUACGAUCUUAGCUCUCAUGGAAUCUUACAUUGGGAUGUCAACAACAAAGCUCAGUUUAUUUAUUUUUGUAGUAAUGAUGACCUUCGGAAAGAUCUGCUUUCCGUCUUUUCCUUCUUAAAUAUUACAAAAAACGAGAAAACGAUGAGAGUGUUCAAGCGAAUUUUCUCAUUAUACGGCUAUAUGUAUUCGAUCAUACGAUGGUUAUAAAUUUAUUCAAAGUACAUUAUAGAAAAUUUUUGUGACACUGUAAAUAACACAAAUAAAGAUAUGUAACAUAUUCAUUUUACAUUCUCGUCGUACUGUCACGUUUAUGUCCUCAGUUAAUACCUCUUCCUGUCACUGACUGAAAUAAGCCACAAAAAUUCAAGUUCUUCAAGUUGGAACUUCCUCCUGAAGGCGUUAAGAGGUUAAAAGAAGAAGCUUAGCAAGAAUAUUAAAUGAAGUUACUCAUGUGUAAACAUCACAAGCGUUUCGUGAUCAUACCGCCCUUUUUUACAUGUGUUCUUUUGACAUUUUGGUUUUAAACGUUUUGCUCUGUCGAAUGACCUAGACCCUGUUGACCUUUUGGUAGUUUGUGCCUUUUAUCAUCUUCUUUUUUUUUUUUUUUUUCAAUCUUUUCUUCAAUUUUUAGUGAAGUUCGUGACCUUUCUUAAAUUAACAACAUGCACACCUUAGCAGUACCUUCACAAUGGAUAUGUCGUCAUGAGUGGAACAAAUAAAAUCAUGUUGUUUUUGGUUGGCACAAGUAGCUAGCUAAGGUGUCACGUUCAAUAGUCUGCCAAUGGCCACUCACAGUAGAGACUCAUGAGUCCAGGCAUAUCUCCAAAGAGACCAGAUGUAAAUUUAGUUGAGAAAAUGCUCAAAUUGAACACUUGAGACAACACUAAAUUGAGGUCUGGUGGAUAGAAGUGAAUUCAGUGACCUUAGGAACGAUGGUGUUCUUUAUUCAGUCUGAAAUGAUCUCCGUAUUUUGAGUCGGUCAAAAGGAUCAAUAAUUUACCGGAUUGGCGUAAUCUGAUGGCCGUGACUGUUCGAAUAUCUGUAAAUUUCUCUUAGAACACCACAGCUAGUCGUUUAGUUAGAGGUUCUGAUAAAAUUCAGUCUAAAUUUUCAAGCUUGUCAACUCACAUCCUUGCUCAAUGAAUGGUUUAUCUUAUAUUUAUCUGCACUAUUCUAGUUCUUUUUGGGUUUUUCAAUAUCUGAACUCUGUGGCGUUCAAUUAGUAUAUCAGCAAACUAUUUUCAAGGUUUCUUUGCCGCAUCUCAUUCCACCCUGUAAAUUAUAAAACGAAAAAGAAGGAGACUUUAUUCUUCUCGCAGAUUGAUAUAAGGGCUGUAUACAGAUGCCUGUUAUAAACAAAGACAGGGGAGUAAGUUCAGCAUAUCCGGUUGUGUUGCUAACUUUUUUUUUUACUGAUUAAGUGGGUCGAUAAAAAAACCAACAUUAAACAUCAUUGUUAUGCGAAAAAGAAAAAACACAACAAAAAAACAAGGAAUAUAAAUAACCGGAAGUACGAUUUAUCUCGACUCACGUUCUUGUUUAAAGAAAGGGCCACACAUUGAAUGUCUAGUCUCGGGGUUUUCAGGAGAAAAUGUUGGAAUUUACACAAUGUUUAUACUGAAUGUUAAAAAAUGUUUGGCACUUGGGAUUCUUUUACAGCCGUGUAUUUGAUGAAAAAUUCAGAUAUAGUACGUAACAAAUUUGUACUCUGACAUUGCUCAACGAUAUUAAUUCUUACAAACUUGACAGAAAUGAUUUCACUCUCAGUACUGGAAUUACGGGUGUGCCAUAAAUGGAGCACGGCCAACUCGAACUGCCAAGGAGGUGGAGGUGGGGGAAGAAGAGCAGUUGAUGGGAGGGUUCAGGUUGAAUGAUGAGUGGAUUAGUAAGAAAUUAUUUUCAAGGACGGUGGAUUGAGGUUCCAGUUAUCGCUAGGCUCGAGUUAAUGAGGUUCUUCAGUACUUCGCAUUGAUACAAGUCGUUUCAUCUCUCUGAGUUGAUAUAAACAAGGUUUGUUUCUAGGUUUAACCAGAGGUCAGUUACUUGCCUCCUGGUUUAACCAGGAAUAACGAAGGUGUUUUUGAACGCAGUGCUUUUAUUACUAGGAAGAGACACGAAUUUACGAGAUUAUAGGAAAAACAAACGGUCUGAGGGAAUGAUAAUCGGUUGAAAAUAAUUAGUAAACGUGGUUAAGAAUAAGAUGAAAAGAGGAAGAAAAAGAACUCGACGCUAGAGGAGAAGGAGGAGGAGAAAAAGUAGAAGAAAAAAGAAGAGGAAGUUAGUGAUGAUGAUUAUGAUAAAUAUUGCUUAGGUUUAGGUAAUUUUACGCAAACUUUACUUAAGUCCUAGACAUGAAUCAAUUUGUAAAUGUGGAGCACCUGUCACACAUCUGUCAAUUUAGAGUAAAUAUCAGGGAAGAAAACAUUUAAGUUUCUUUGUUCGUAUGAUUUUUCAGUUAAUGUUUGCGUGGUAUUAUUCAAACAAAUAACAAAGGCUGUUAUGAAUUGGCGUCACUGAUGACGCUUCUUUAUUGUUUUUAUUGACAGCGCCAGCGCUAAACAUGACAUGUAUAUACGCGACGAAUUCUGAGGUAAAGACUUGUUUCUGUCAGAAGCACUGAUAUUCUUCGUAAACGUUUCCUGUGUUAGGAAAGACCACACUAAGCUUGGGAAAAAUGAAAUCGAGCUUCAAUGAAGAAACCCUGGCAUUGUUAUCAAAGUCCACUGUCAAACUUCUACGUGUUCGAAAUGCAAUUGAUGACGGAACGCUGAAGAAAGAGUCACAAAUGCUUCAAAAGCAGAGAAAGGCAGAAGAGAGAUUAUACCAGAGAACAAGAGAAUAUAUUUUACAACAGCGUUUAAAGAUUUCUGAAACAAGACCAUUAUCGUCUCGAAGUUCAAACAUAGAACAAGCUGUCACCAAAUGGAAAAGUGACCCAAACUUGGCGCGACAAAAUUUGUCCCCUCAUAUGAGACGGAAAGAAAUUGAUGCCAACAAAGGGAAACAAACGUUAUUAUCUUCCUCUUUUCCACGCCUCACGGACCACGCUGACAAACACUCUGAACUAAGCUUGAGUCCUCGCUCCAGGCACCGUGCGUUAUCAACACUAAGCCCCGAGUAUGGCGAUGUCACAACUUCUCUUCCAGAUAUAAAUGCCGCCUCUAAGUGGAAAAGAGGAGGCAAAAUAGUCAGGGACACAAUACGACCGUGGAAACUGUCUGACACUCAGCUGGAUACUGGACGUCCAAGCUUUGAUAAAGACGCCAUUACUGAUGAAAAGUGGAAAGAAUUAAAGAAUUGUCGGUAUUUGCGCACUGUAUCGGCGAGGGGAGAACUUAGCAAAUGAUCUUGAUGGCGGAAAAAAUUGUGGAAUGUAUCAGUAUGCAUGGAUAAUUUUUGACUGUACCUUAGGUCAUAAUUGAAGUAAGAGGGAGGAUAUUCUUAUCCGAUCUUGUCUGACGAAAUUUGGUCAUAAAUUGACUCAUUCUAAAAGCCCAUGAACGGCAGGGCCAGCAGACCAGAAGUUUCUGAACUGAUUAGGAGUAAUCAUAGCAAAUUACUUUUUGAUCGAUGUAAAAGCUAUGGGCAGUUUUUGAAGUCAUUCGUAUUAAUCAAAUACAUAUUAAUAAGCGGCAGUCUUAUGUUUUCUUUGGAAAAAUGGCUCUACACAUCGAAAAGAUAUGGCAAACCAGCAUUUAAUGAAACACAUGCACACGAGCGGAGCAAAAGAACGCCAUCAUAGGAGAACGUUUGAACAGAACAGUGACAGUACGGCGUACUGGUCACUUCUAAACCUGUACAAGCUUAAUCUCUGCUGGCUGACUAUGACUACCCUGGCCUCCGUGAUGUCAGCUUUUGUAUCGCUCGCAGUUCCCACGUAGUCAUGCUACUGAGUGCGUGGGUAUGAGAAAAUUAAAAUGAUCAUGUAUAAGUCGUUACAAUUUUUAAUUUUUUUUAUGUAUAGAAGAAGAAAGAACCAAAUUAUUUCGUAAACAUAAAUAUAAAAUCUAUCUUUUAAAAACGAUUAAUUUAUGGUUUAAAUUCUGGUUUACCUGGUUGAGUUAUUCGUAGUAGCUAUAUGCAUUUUGGGAUCCAUUCUUAAACGAGCAUCGGUCUCUUGACUCAUUUGUCAUCUGAUUAAGUACCUUCGAAAACUAUCAAUUAGUGAUCUAGCUCUUCUCACGUUCCCUCCGUGGAUGUCAUGUAUGUAUGCUAGUCAGGGGCAUAUUACUCUAAGUAGUGUGCUCCUGCACAAAUUCAUUCCUUUAAGAAUUAUGUGGUUUGAGUUGUAUCAUGGAAAUGAAUGAAUUUAUUGCCCUAAUCUCAGGUUGUGGUUUGAGUAUAUGUACUGCCUCAACAACUUUGCUAGAACGUUCUUAUAUCUGACUUUAUGGACUAGGUAGGGUAUAAAAUAACACUGAUAAAUGCAAACUCCUGAAUUAAGAAAAAAAUAUUAAUAAGAGACUCAAUUGUUUUCAUAGAGAUAAGAUGACAAAGAUGGAGACUACAUCGAACUCACGUUUACACCCUGACACAGACAUCCAUCUCUAACUCAAAUUUAUAUUCUCAUCGUCAGUCGAAGUAUAAGAACGGUGAUAGCUUCAUAUUGGCUCUUGAUUGUAUUUCCUUUUUCUGUUGUUAUUCUCAAACUGUUUGUUUACGAACUUAUCGAUAUAUUGGCCACCCUAAUCUUUUCUCUGUCCAGAACAGCAAAGUCAUGCAACUAGUGCGUUUUGAUUUGUCUUAAGUAUCCCAAAAAAGAGGAAUUUGAUUUCUAAGGCGUCAUUCAGUCCUUCAAUAAUUUUCUACGCCGUUUUGUCGAUGUAUCAGACUGCACUCACGAUCGGAGUGGCAUGACACAUCGUCCUUGUCAGGCACUUGAGAACGAUUACACAAUACGCGAUAAAUAACCCUUCAGCUCAAAGCAAUGGAAAAAGAAAGCUUACGAAGUUUCGUUUUCAAAACAACCGAAUCUUUUUAUCUCUCUUUUAAUUUAUUCAUCUUUCUUACUAGGGUUGUUUUUGAGCAAGACUGAUUCAGAUAGAGUAACUAACAACCAAAUAAUUAAAUACGCUCAUAAACCUUGUUUGGUGCACCACCGGAAACUGAUUUUCAUAUUGAAUUCGCCGGUUGCUGUUGCAUGUGUUUUUAGUAUAUUCUUUCCUCGUUGGUACUUUCCCACAAUACAAAGAGUUAUUUUUGGUUUCCUCUCUGAGAUGACCGCAAAAAUCAACAACGGAAAUGAUAGUAUGAUAAGGCAUCUUUUUGAGUGGGAAGACAGAGAAUGAGGUAAGGUAGUUACGUCUUUGUCACGGUGGGUGCAUCUGGAAAAAUUUCACCGUUUGCAAUGCGGCCCGUGUCAAUGUUAUGCAGCUUUGGCCAUCCUUAGUUCCUCUUGGCUCACUUCUGCUUCUUUCGAGUUUUUCUAAAAUAUUAAACUAUUAUUGCGCAGUCUUUUUUUGACUCACGCUAGUUUGAUCGGCACUCUACGUAACUCGUAUAUCGUGACGUUAAGCUCAUAAUUAUGAUUGCAAUUGUUUUGUCUAUUUUGUGAUAUUGGACAGGAUGUCGUUUCUGAAAAAGCGGAUACACUUAAAAUAUCACAUAUUAAUGUGUCAGUGUCUUAAGUUUGUGUCAGAUGCAGUGAAAUAAUUCAAGGCGGCGCAAGCUCGUGAAGUUUACAACUAACAAAAUGAAUGCGAAUCAUGAAGAGCCACCGGUACUUCUAUCGAAAAACACCAAAAGGACCUUACUCAUGCGAAACGCCAUCAACCAAGAGACUCUUAAGAAACAGUCUCGUCUCUUAGAGAAAGAGAAAAGUUCAGAGGAAAGGUUAUUUCUAAAGAAAAAGGAACAUCUUUUACAACGUCAGGUGACAAGGGGCUUAGAAACCAGUCAAAGUCGACCUUCUUCUUCUCGCAGCUUAAACUUGGAGAACUCAGUUACGAAAUGGAAAAAGGCAACAGCUUUGUCUAAAGAAUGUUCUCAAUCUCAUUUGCCGAAAAAAAUAGAGGUCAAUCUAACACCUAUGUCUUCUGGGAAGUUGGAAAACGCGCUGAACAAAUGGAAAAACGUAACCGCUUCAGCAAGAGAAUCAACUCAAUCUCCUAAGCCAAGGAGGAAAGAAAUUGUUGGAAAUAACCGGCAAAGGCGUUUGCUUUCCGCACUCUCUUUGCAGUCCGAUGAGGACGAAAUAGAGCCAGUUCCUCUCAGGUCUAGAAGUAAGACAUUCUCAACUUUUAGUUCUACAGUUCCUCUUCCUGACAUACACGCCACGUCCAACGGAAUAACAGGACUGAAAAAAUGCAAUGACACACAGCUGCCAGAUAGUUUGGAAAUUUGUCAAGAAGAUGAUUGGAAACCUUUGAGAGAGUGUCGAUAUUUGCGCACCAGUUCAGGAGAGGAAGAGCUCUGUGGUAUUUAG